GUAUACGCGAUUCGCCCGUUUUAACACGGGUUGGAAACCCCGUUCGACCCUCUUCCCUUCGCUGUCCACAAGCAAGAUGCCUGGUGUCACAGUGAAAGACGUCAACCAGCAGGAGUUUGUCCGUGCACUAUCUGCUUUCCUGAAAAAGUCAGGAAAGCUGAAGGUACCUGACUGGGUGGACAUUGUCAAGCUGGCCAAACACAAGGAGCUUGCCCCAAGCGAUGAGAACUGGUUCUACACCAGAGCUGCCUCCACGGUGCGUCACCUGUACCUCCGUGGAGGCGCCGGCGUGGGCUCCAUGACCAAGAUCUACGGGGGGCGCCAGAGGAACGGCGUGUGCCCCGCCCACUUCAGCGUGGGCUCCAAGAACGUGGCCCGCAAGGUGCUCCAGGCCCUCGAGGCGCUCAAGAUGGUGGAGAAAGAUCCCAACGGUGGCCGAAGACUAACUGCCCAGGGUACCAGGGAUCUUGACAGGAUUGCUGGCCAGGUUGCAGCUGCAAAGAAAACAGCAAUUGUUCAAUAAAUAAUUUUUGGAAAUAUGUAUAA